CCGCUAAUGGAGGCUUGCGGACUGGGAAAAACGUCGCGGAGUGGGCGUGGUCAGGUGUCAGCGAGCAGGCUGGCGGGUAAUGGGAGGAGCUGUCGGGCGCUGAGCCCGGUGUUAUGGCGGCGGCUGCGGGCUCUGUGAAUGAAUUCUCCGGGUGGAAGAGGACACAAGAAGAAACCGGUGACCCCAGCGGCAAACACAGGUCCCGGGCCCCCAGCACCGCCCUCUCGUUCGGCGUCUCCGGUACCGGACGCUCCACCUCCUUCUCUUCAUAAGCGGAACCUCUUCGUGUUCUCCUAUCCCCUGCUCGCUGCCUUCUCGCUGCUCCGGUUUAUCGCCUUCCAGCUCGGCUUGCUCUUCGCCUGGUGCUGUGACCGCCUCUCCCGUAGGGUCAUGGCGGACAAAAAGCUGAGCGAGCGCAGCGCUCGGGCUGUUACCCCGGACAGGCCGCAGGAGCCGGAGGUGGUGCGGGGAUAUCACCAGCAGGCCUUCCACUACAUCUCUAUGGCGCUCCGUAUAGAUGAGCAGGAGAAAGACCAGAAGGAGCAAGCUAUUGAAUGUUACAAGAAAGGUAUUGAGGAGCUAGAGAAAGGAAUCGCUGUACAAGUCAGUGGACAAGGGGAUCAGUUUGACAGAGCACGACGUCUACAAGGAAAAAUGACGACCAAUUUACUAAUGGCAAAGGAUCGCUUACAGUUAUUGGCAACGCUGCAAGCAGAUAUGCAAGGUCAGAACAAGCAAAUGGAGAUGUGUAGUGACAGUACUAACCUACCUUGCCGCAAUGGACAUCUCAAGCCAGAAAAAGGUGCAGUUCCUAAAAAGAAAGACCCAGCCUCUCUUACCAGUAACCCUAUCCCACGGGCAAAGGUCACACCAAAAACUAUGUCCCCUGGUAUUUCCAGCGCUCCUAGGAUACCCAAUUGUACCACUUCUUCCACUUCUAAUAGGCAAGCCGGUUCAAAUCCUUCAGCUCAUAGGGGAGCUGGAGCAAAACACACUAGACUGAACAAUAAGCCAGCAACACCGACCACAGGUCUCAGGAAAAAAGAUAUGAAGAAUUUAAAAAAUGUCGACAGCAACCUUGCAAACCUGAUUUUGAAUGAAGUCGUAGACAGUGGGCAGUCUGUGAAGUUUUCUGACAUAGCAGGCCAGGAGCUUGCUAAACAGGCCUUACAGGAAAUCGUUAUACUUCCAUCUAUUCGUCCAGAGUUGUUCACUGGGCUUAGGGCUCCUGCUCGCGGACUGUUAUUGUUUGGUCCUCCAGGAAAUGGAAAAACUAUGUUGGCGAAGGCAGUGGCUGCUGAAUCAAAUGCAACCUUUUUUAAUAUAAGUGCAGCUAGUCUCACCUCUAAAUAUGUGGGAGAAGGUGAAAAAUUAGUGCGAGCGCUCUUUUCUGUGGCUCGAGAACUACAGCCAUCUAUUAUUUUUAUAGAUGAGAUAGAUAGCCUUUUAUGUGAAAGACGAGAAGGAGAACAUGAUGCUAGCAGACGAUUAAAGACAGAAUUUUUAAUAGAGUUUGAUGGUGUACAGUCUGGAGGGGACGACAGAGUUCUUGUUAUGGGGGCAACUAACAGACCACAGGAGCUGGAUGAGGCAGUUCUCAGGAGAUUUGCUAAAAGGGUUUACGUCUCCUUGCCAAAUGAAGAGACAAGGCUGACACUCUUGCAAAACCUGUUAAGUAAGCAAGGGAACCCUCUUACACAGAAAGAAUUGGCACAGUUGGCAAGGCUGGCUGAAGGAUACUCUGGGAGUGAUCUAACUGCAUUGGCGAAAGAUGCCGCUCUUGGGCCAAUAAGAGAGCUAAAACCUGAGCAGGUGAAAAAUAUGUCAGCGAGUGAGAUGCGGAACAUCAAAUUUUCUGACUUUCAGAAUUCCUUGAAGAAGAUAAAGUGCAGUGUGAGUUCUUCUACACUGGAGUCUUACAUCCGAUGGAAUAAAGAAUUUGGUGAUACCACAGUAUGAAAGACGGGACUGUUUACUUUGUCAAAGAGUUCAAAGACCAACCUGCUCAUUGGCAAGCUUGACAAAGAAAGCCUUUGGCUUUGUAUAUUUCCCAAAUGAAGAAAUUAUAAAAAAAAUUAAAAAAAUCCUGAAACGCGUGCACUAAAUCUCUAGGCAUCUAAUGAUGAAAAUGAUAACUUUGGAAUUGGGAAUAUUAACAAGACGUUUUACUUGUAGAUUGCCGUUUAACUUGUAUUUCUUGCUGGCCUGGUGGAGCUGAAAGAAGAAAUCUCUGUGCUCAAAAGUCCUAUUUAGAUGGGGUAGUGGCAACCUUUCUGUGAAAUGAGGAGCUCGUGCGCAGAGACGAAUUGCAUAAAGACCUGUGCCUUGAGUUCACUUUCUUCUGUGCCUGCCCUUCUUUUAAUAAUUUGAUUCCUUAUACACUCCGUUUUGCUUGCUAACUGACUAUUUUCUAAAUGUACAAUAGUUUCUGUUGGCGAAGAAAAGACUGUUAGUCAAGGUUUGGUUUACAACAGUAGCAGUCCUUUCUGUCAUGUGCCAAAAUGAACAUUUUUGGUGGCACAACAUACCAAGCUGAUGAAAAGCACAUGAAAAAGAUUCUGAAGCAGCUGGCUUGCUUUAACAUCACUAGGCAAUGUAGUCCUCAUUUGUACCCUGAGUAUAUAAAGGAAAGAAUUAGUACAGUGUUAUACAAAAAUUCUGGCAUUUCGAAAACCGUUCUUGAGAAUGUGUCUACCAAAUAUUUGAAGAAUGGUGCUAGAUCAAUGCCUCCGCCAUCAAUUUUAAGAAUGUUCUCCGGGUUGGUAUGCGUACUGUUAAACCAUUUUUCUGCCCAGUAGAAUGACUACUUUUUUCAGUCUGCAUUGUACGUCUUAAAAUGCUAUUGAUGAAUUAGAAAGCAACGUGCAAAACUGCUGACUUCGAAUGACUGAUGCAACCAUCUUUGUAUUUUUAAGGUUGCUUGUAUACUGAAAUGAAGAGGAAACAUGUUGAUUUCCUUUCUUACUAAGAAAUAUUUCUUUAUUAUCCCUGUUGAGGUCCAGCCAUGUUUAAGGACCACAAGCCUGGUCUUUCUUUUCCACAUAUGGUUUCUGCAGACCUACUGACACCAGAACGACCACUGCCCCAGCGCCACUCGAAUCAAUAUAGAUUAUUUAUGGGUUGUUUGCUCUGAGGGAUGUCUCUUGUCUGUUAAAUUUAAUAUAUGUAAACUAUUGUAAAACUAAUGUUUGUCUAUUGUAGCGGUCUAAAAUCUGCCCAAGAGGUCAGCUGUUAAAUUAAGAGGGUUCACAAUAAAAAUGGAUGGGUAAA